UGUUGCUUCCCCACACAAUCUAAAACACUGAUCAAUAAUCACAGUUCAGAGUUGAGAGAGAGAUGAGCAGUGGCAGUAGCAGCAGCAGCAUGACAACUGAAGAAGGCGAUGCAGAGAAUGUGAAUGUGAUCCUACUACCUGGGUUCAGAUUCUACCCCACUGAUGAGUUGCUGGUCAGCUACUACUUGAGGAACAAGAUACAGGGCACCGACUCUCAUUUCUGCCACCUCAUCCCUGAAAUGGAUGUCUGCAAGUACGAGCCCUGCGAUCUUCCUGCAUUCUUCCCAGAAGUCCAUGAGAAGGAGUGGUUCUUCUUUACCCGGCUCGAUUACAAGUACAACAACGGCACUCGCUGCAACCGGGCCACGGAUCAAGGCUUUUACAAGAUCACAGGAAAGGAGCGGGAGAUCAGAGCUGAAGAAUCCAAGGCUGUGGUUGGGAAGAAGAGGACCCUGACAUUCUACGAAGGUCGUGUACCGAAAUCAAAGAAGACCGAUUGGAUAGUCCAUGAGUAUUAUCUCACAGAAACUGAGGUGGGUUCUAAACCCACCAAGCAGAAGGACUUUGUCCUCUGCCGCCUGAAGAACAAGUCAGCUAGUUAUAAGAAGCCGAAGGGUGAUCCAAUCCGCGGCGAAUUAGCUGAUUCGGGAGCGAGUUCCGAAGAUGAUCAAGCUGUUGUAAGUGAUGUGAUAGUAGAGCCAGUGGAACAUCUGGGAAACAAAGAGCUAGGAGAUGUUAAUAGCAAUGAGUCUCCAGAUGGUUCUUGUCUUAUGGACUGCAAUGACAUUUGGACCUUAGCUGAUGGUGAUGUUGAAACUGGUGGCUGGAAAUUCUCGGAUUUCGAUGAUCCAACUAGGUUUCUAGAGUUGUUUGCUGAGAUGCGAGACAUUCUGAAUUCACCUUCUCAACCGCCGCAGCCAAUGCAGAUACCACAGCCACAUCAGCCGCCGCGACCAUAUCAGCCUCUGCAGCCACAUCAACCAUAGGAUUACUGCCCCGCCACACUACAGCCACCACAGCCACAUCUGCCGCCGCAACCACAGCAGCCUCUGCAGCCCAUCAAUAAACACGGAACUGGGAGAUGUUGUGCAUACCAAUAACUAUAUUGGAUGCAAUGAUGAGUUACAGUCUCUAGAUAAUAUGGAGAUUGCAAAUGUUUUCCCAUAGUCCUUCGUUUAUCAUUGUUGACCAGGAUUAGUAAUUUAGUAUUCUGGGAAGAAACAAAAUACCCUACUUUUAGUGACUCUAAUCUACCAGAGUCGCAAGCACGAGUCUAAGAUAGCAAUAGUGAAGCAAGAAACAUAGCAAAACAGGUUUAUAGUCUUCUAUUAGCUAUUCAAGAAGCACAUCAGUAUAGCUAGUGAACAGCAAGAUCUUAGUUAUCAGAGAACAACAAGAUCUGAAUUAUUGGAAACAGCAAUAGGGGACGUGUAAACCCCAAGAGUUGCAGCAAGAGUAAAAGCAUCACCCUAAUCUACCAUUCAGGAACUGUAGGCAUUAGAAACUUUUUCUGCUAGUUUUGGACGAUCAUUUCCAGGACAACCGAUGUAGGUUUGCUAAGCCUGUUUUUCUUCUUUUUGGCCUUUUUUUAGCAUUCCCUAGCUUUAGAAACUUCAAAGCUUGUUAGGUGAACAUGUUAGUUCAAAGAACAGCAGCAGAAACCAGUGUUUGAGAUGUCAUCAGGAAAUCUACUCUACUCCAACUGAGUCCAGAUGAAGCAAAGAUGUCUUUUCCCAGAAGCAGCAGUUGUUUGUAGAUCGCGUGUCUCCUGUCAACCAAACUACAAAUAUUCCUCAGCAAAAUUGUCUUUAAAUAGUGUACUCUCUUUAUCAAAAGCCAUAGGAACCUCAACAAAAUUGUCUUCAAAUAAUGUGCUCUAUACGUCAAAAGUCAUACGUACCUCAGCAAGAUUGUCUUCAACCAUCAUCCAUUCGCGUCUAGUCACUGGGAGUUGCUCCGAGAAGAAUCCAACCGCAAAGCUGUAUCACAAGACAAGGUGAGCAAAGCUGUUUUCUGUUUUAUCUCAACUUAAUUUGAUUUCUGUUAACUCUAUUUGCAGGUCAAGGAAAAUGCAGAGUAUUUCUUUCCUCGAAGCAUCUCCUCAAAACCAUCAAUCAAGUCCCAGAUCGGCUGCGACAUGGCUGCUGGAGUCUCAAAUAUAUUACAAUAACCAGACACCAAUGGUGACGUACCGGUUGUUGGUAUUGAAAUUUGAGGUUCCGUCCCUAAUGGAGUAGCAAUUACAAUCAUUAUCAAAAUCGGAUGAUUAUGAUUGGUUUAAUCCUUUGAUAACCUUCAGAAUUAAAAACCCAUCUUAUGUAAAUAUUGCUUUAAUUAAUUUCCCUGUAUCAGCUGCUGCGUUUCUGUGCAGCAUUUCUGCUUUUCCUGUACUCCUUUCAUGUUGUAUUGUUGUUAAGGUUGUUUAUUUAGAACCUUUCAAUUUCAGU